GGUGCGGACCCGCAGCGGGCAGGCCGCAGCCAGCCUCUCAGUUGCCUGCCUGUGCCCCUGGCAGGAGGCUGGGCCUGUGGGCACCCACUGCUGAGGGCUGACAUGUCUUGCUCUGGAACGAGGUCCUCGGGACAAUGCCGCCCACUUUCUGGCCAGGGAGGGCCUUCUUGUCUGGGCUCUGAGGGGCUGGCCUUCACUCCCCCUCCCACGGGGCUGGGGGUGCAGCAGAGGCAGCCUCGUACACCCACCUUUCCUGUUGCUCAUCCUUCGUCAUUUGGUGGGGCAGGAUUGGCUCAGCUGGAGCCCACGUGGCUUGCCAGGUGAGGCCUCGCCUCUUCCUCCUUCCUGGCAGCCUCUGCUAAAGGCCUCUUAGAUAUUAUGGGUCAUUGUGCCCGUGAAACAGAUACCAUCUUCCCUUCCUGCUGGUAGGCGAGCCUGUGAGAGCCUGUGGGAGCCAGGCAGUGUGGAAAGUGUCUGAGGUCACUGGGGUGACACCCGGGUCCCAUCCCGAGGGGGCCGUUCCCUUUCUUGGCUAAGCACGGCACAUGCCGGCACCUCUUGCCCUCUCCCGAGCUCUCUUUAGCCUCAUGAGGGCCAGCCUGGUCCCUGUGACACGGGUGAAGCUCUGCUCUGGAGAAAGGGACUUGCCACCUUGCUGGGAGUUGCCCCAGCUCAGCUGCUAAGUCCUGGCCCCGGUCAGACUUGGAGGCCAGGCUGGGUGGAUGGCUCGUGCUUCCUCCUUGAGCCUGUGAUGACACGUUCCUCCAGCCCAUGGCCCGGCUUGUGGGGAGGCUGCGUGUGGCCCAGGAGCCUGCUUUCCAAUUUGUAAACACAGGGCGUGUGUCUAGCAGCCUGUGAGUGAGCGAGGGGGCGGUGAGCUGGCUGCACAGGUCCUGCGGCCUUAGGCCUCCUCGUUGCCCAACAGGCAGCUGGGGGCGGGCCACGGCCACUGAUUAAAGGCCGCCUGGAGCAGCCUGUGUGGAGACAGGUGCCCAGCAGCCCAGGAAGCCGGCCAGCACCCGCCCCAGGUUUUGUGCCUCUUGCCCUGGCAGCUUUAGGCUUUGCUGUCCCCGUGAGCACAUUGCCAUGUCCGAGGCGCCCCGGGCAGAGACUUUCGUCUUCCUGGAUCUGGAAGCCACCGGGCUUCCCAAUGUCAAUCCUGAGGUGGCUGAGAUAUCCCUGUUUGCAGUGCACCGCUCCGCCCUGGAGAACCCGGACCGAGAUGAGGCCGGUGCCCCUGUGCUGCCCCGGGUCCUGGACAAGCUCACGCUGUGCAUGAGCCCGGAGCGCCCUUUCACGGCCAAGGCCAGCGAGAUCACCGGCCUGAGCAGUGCCAGCCUGGCGCGGUGCCGGAAGGCCGGCUUCGACGCUGCUGUGGUGCGGACGCUGCAGGCCUUCCUGAGCCGCCAGGAGGGCCCCCUCUGUCUCGUGGCCCACAACGGCUUUGAUUAUGACUUCCCGCUGCUGUGCACGGAACUGCGGCGCCUGGGCGCCCGCCUGCCCGCGGACACCGUCUGCCUGGACACGCUGCCCGCGCUGCGGAGCCUGGACCGCGCCCACAGCCACGGCACCAGGGCCCAGGGCUGCAAGGGUUACAGCCUGGGCAGCCUCUUCCGCCGCUACUUCCAGGCGGAGCCCAGCGCAGCCCACUCGGCCGAGGGCGAUGUCCACACGCUGCUCCUGGUCUUUCUGCACCGGGCUGCCGAGCUGCUUGGCUGGGCCGACGAGCAGGCCCGAAGCUGGGCCCACAUCGAGCCCAUGUAUGUGCCACCUGAUGGCCCGAGCCUCGAAGCCUGAGUGCCAGGGGCUCGGCGAUUCCACCCCCCAGCGGGGAUGAGGCCCACUCCCAGCGCCGUGGGCAGCACCGGCUCUGACCGUUCUGUCGGGCUCUGGGGCCCAGAGCUAGCCCCAGACCAGUGCCCCGCUGUCCCUCCCCGUCCUCUUACCCGCUAGCCCUGGGUGUGUGUAGGGCCUGCUCCUGGCCCUGGCCUGUGUAGCCCUGUGGCCCGAGAGCUUUCUCCUGGCCCCCCCCAGACUGUG